UGUAAGACACUAGCAAGCUCUGCGCCUCCAAAUCGCCCGUACUGCACGCAACGCAAGCAAAUAACAGCUGACGGCACGCGUCUGUCAUCGCUCAGCACGCACAGACGCGACUGCGUGCACGACAGCGCAUCACACGACUCUCUGCAGCCACCAGAGAGCACACUGCCCAAAAGCAGCAAAAAAGAAGCGCGCACGAGCGCGCACUGAGUCGGUCACAAGCGCGGAGCACGCCUUCGCCACAGCACUGAGAAGCAGCAAGAAGAGAGCGAUGUGGGGCCGCGUCGACCUAAAUUACGACCCCGACGAGGCCCGAAAGGAACAAGAAAAACUCAGGGAGGAGUUCGCGAGGAACUGCCAGAUCGCAAGCGAGAACCCCGACUGGCCGUCAAACCUCUGCAAGGACGAGUGGCCCCGGCCGCCCUCUUCCAAAGUAAGUCAACGGGCCUGGGUCGAGAUCAAAGGUGGUUUGAGACGCAAGGUCCAGCCUACUAAACAAGGGCGGAGAGUGCGCUUCGGCGACACGGUCGCCGCGCGCCUCGCGUGUUCGUCCCAGAACGAGGUGUUUUCAUCUAUAGAGGACGGUCGCUUUUUAGUAGGAGCGUUAGCAAUCCCUCGGUGGCUGUCGUGCGCCGCAGCUUCGUUAGUCGAGGGCGAGCGGGGCGACUUCGAGGCCGACGACGCCGCGCUGCCCGCGCGCUUUGCUGUUGAAGGUCUGAUUAGCUUCGAGCUGGAGAUUCUCGAAAUAGUAGCGGUAGUACAAAAGACCGAGGACGCGUCGGGGAGACUGGGCCAGGGCUCCGUCCUGAAACAGACCCUCAAGGAUGGUGAAGAACAUUGGCGCCGGCCGACGGCGCGGUCCGACAUCACGUAUUCGUUACAAGCGCGAUAUGUUCCGACGGGAUGGUGCUGGCCGGGCGACGACGACGCCGUAUUGUUGGUAGGAGGCUGCACCCGCGAAUCAAUGGAUGAAACAAUAGAAUCAAGAGCUUGUGCGGACCCCAUGCAACGUAAGGCGGAACCGUUACGCGUCGCCGCGGAGGCCUGUGCGAAAGGCGAGACGGCAAUCGUAGCUUUGCUGGAUGAGGCCUUCGAACUUAGUUUGAUAGAUUUUUGCGAGGUCGAAGAUUGUUUUCCCGAGCGAGCCGGUGCUAUAUCAAAAAAAAUCAUACAGGCGCCCGACGGAUCGCGCGCCGUGCCCUCGGACUUGGAUGUGGUUGUGGUGCGCGGCGUCGUCAAGGCUAGAGAUUCCGGUACAAUAGCGUGCGCCUACGGGACAGGGGAAGGUACCGUAUCCUGGCGGCUUGAUGAAGACGCGUCGGCGACCUUCGACAGUGCGUCGGAACUCAAAGCGCCCCUGUGUCGAGGUAUCGAACUCGCGAUAAGGCGCAUGAGUAUCGGAGAAACUGCGGACGUUACCAUACAUGCCCCUGAUCUAUGCUUUGUGCGACCGCCGUCGACGGCCUGCGCGCCGACCGCGCCGCGCAUUGACGACUUACAAGCGUUUCAUUAUGGAGGGGAUCGAGGUGCUUUAUCGGCGGUAGCUGAUAGUAGGUGCUACUCGUGCCCCUUGCAAUGUCGUCUAGAAUUAGUGGCCAUACAGCGGUUCAACGCGUCGAGCGACGGCGACGCUCUCCAGCGGUGCGAAGCACGACUAGCAUUAGCCGAGGACGCCAAACAAAGAGGUUCCCAACAUUACGACCGGUCGGCCUUUGCGCGAGCGUCGCGACGCUACGGCGACGCUCUUAGACAAAUAGAGGACGCCGCCGACGCGUUAGAGCACUUCGAGAACGAUCCGGAGAAUGAGUUCGACCCCAGUGAGCCAUCUAGAUACUGCAAGGCGGCGCUAGAUCCGAUCAUCGACACUCCUUCAUCAGAUUUUGAUUAUGAAGACCUCCCGCGGCCGCCGACCUUCGACGUGCCCGACGUGCCCAAGGCGGAGGAUUCGUUGCGGGAGAAGCGCAACCGACGGUAUGCGGAGCUCCAAGCUCGAUGUCUGGAGUUGGAACGGUUGUGUCGACUGAAUCGGGCCGCGUGCGACCUCAAACGGUGCGAGUACCAACGGGUCUGCGACGAUUGUCAUAGCGUGCUGAAGGACGACCCGGAAGACUUGAAGGCCUUGUUCCGGGCUGUGUGGAAAUCAAAAUUUACGGCGCGUUCGUGCUGAAUCAUCGCGUCGACCUCCACGCCAUCGACGCGACGCCUGCUCGAUAGCGUGGCGGUGCCGGUUCCUCGCCGCUCGACGGAGCACCCGACACACUGGUUGAUUUCCACACAGGUUCCGGGGCGGCAAGGCCCUAGUAGGUAUUAAGGACUACGACGGGGCGCGCAGUUUAUUUCAUCGCUGUUUGGACGUCGACGCGGACUGUAAGGACGCGGAGAAGAUGCUGCGGCACGUCGCGAAACUGGAGGCGGGCAACGGUACGAUGAAGGGCGCCUUUCCCCCGGCCCGGGGCCUCGGCUUCAACCGGCGGCCGCCUGAGAAAGCCGGGGUGGCGCACGACCGACCUGACGUUGAGGGAGAACAGGGCGGCUCGAAGCGCGCGUCGUCGAUGGUCGACGAGGCGGACUUGCCCUUCAAGGCGCGCGCCAACGGCAGCGCGCACGCUUUGAGGGAGAUGCGCGCGAUGCUGGAUGAUGACGGCGUGGACUAGGUUUA